UUCGAUGCAAUGUAGAUUUUAUUUCUAAUAAAACGAGUGGACCGGUAAUUAAUCUGCACCGUCACUAGACAUGGGUGUCGGGGGAUCCCUUCUGAAGGAUGACCCUGAAGAUAGUCAGUUCAGAAGAAGAAACCUUAUCAACUCCUCGCGUGCCAUCGAACAGCAAAUCCCUGUAGAGUUCAAACCCCGGAAAAAGCUGGGCAAAAACAGAAACCAGAGUAACCCAACAACCUCAGUGCAAUCAUUGAGUAAUUCGUUUACCCAAUAUGGACAAAGCGGAUCUAGUUUUCAGAAAAAGAAAAACAUGGGCGCAUCAUUAAGAUCUGUUCUUUCAAACGAAAGCGGGUUUGAUCUGGACAGCAAUGUUGAGCUUGAGAAACUAAGACGAGAAUUCGAAAACUUUAAAUUGAGCAAACAAAAUGAGAUAUCAGAUAUGCAGAGACGUGAAAAGAAACUAGAAAGUGAGAACAAAAGGUUGAGAGGCGAAGUCCAGGCGUUACAGAAAACAUGUACCAGAUUACGCAAUGAGCGGGAGUCAGCUUUGGAAAAUGAAGCUCAGGCUUUGGAACGUGCAAGAGCAUUCGAAGACGACAGAAACAACAUUCUAACACAGUUGAGACAACUGCAGGAAUCGGAACCCUUACAGAACUACUCGCUGAGCUCACCAACGGCUGUACAAAACAACAAUAAUGCGGGAAGAAACGAAUCAGAGCAUGGAAACAGUGAUACAAGUAGCAACUCACCGCAACGAAAUGUAGAUCAGAUUGUGGGAACCCAAGUAGUUCCUGCUUCGGCACGGGAUCCUGACCUCCAUUUAGACUUAAUGUCACCAAGCUCAGUUAGUCUGGCAACAAGCGCACCUGCAUCUGCAAACAGAAGUAGAGCCUCACACGUCGAGACUUUCAAGUUCGAAGCUAGUGUGAAACAUGCGGUUCCAACACCUCCGGUAUUUUCAUACUGGCCUGGAACUACGACCCAUGUUUGGUCCUCGUUGGAAUUUGUCUUUGGCUACUUUGAACAACAAUUAGAAGACGAUGUUGAUCUAUUUAUGGAUGCGUGGUGCUCAAAAUAUGAGGAAAACCUAUUGGAAAAUCAUGGUCUGAAAAUGAACUGUUCUUCGAAACUUUUGGCUCCGGAGAAUUUGCAGCCGCUUAUGUCAACUGCAAACGUCUUUGUGAUUUUUCUAGAAAGCAAGAUAGCGGAGGCAGAUUAUAAAGCACUGCAGAAUCUGGUUAAUGUGAUGAAAUCUAGUUCAACUUUGAAAGCAUUGUUCUGUUUCAAACAGACAGAGCAAAGUUGUAUAAAUGGAAGCAUGGCAAGACUGAAAAAGUUGUUGUCGAAAAUCAACUCAAACGAGAGUCAAUAUUGUUUAUUUAUUGAAAACUACCAACAAAUGGAGCCAUUGGUUGAUCUUGUCAAUGAAUCGAUUGACCAGUUCAUUAAAAAUCAGUUCUCAGAUGGUGUGUUAGGAGAGUGCUCUUGCUAUCGUGAUAUGCGAGGCUUAUUAUAUCAAAAAGAUGCUUUUUCGUCGAUCCUGGAAAACCUCCCGACAUCCCAACAAAUGUCAAGCAUUGAUCAGUAUGUGUUUUGCAUCAAUAGGCACAUCAUAAAAGAUGGUUAUGUUCCUCCGCUUAUUGUUAAAAGCGACCCUGGAUGCGGAAAAUCAACUGUUGUGGCUCAUUUUUUGCGAAAGCACAAAAACAGCAAUCCCGCGAACAAAAUCCUUUAUCAUUUUGUAGAUACGACACUGUGUUCUCAAGAUGGUGGCACAAUGAUGCGACGAUUCAUCGCCAGUUUGAGUUCUACGGGGAGUUUUGUUGGCUCGAAUUCAAAGCAAAACACUAAUUUUGACAGUUUUUCACAACUUCUGGAAACAUUUCCCAGGCAGAAAGUUGGAACUCAAGAAGCCUCUGCUAACAAUUUGUCAUCUGGGACUUCUUUGCUGGUUAUUUGUAUUGACUCUGCGGAUAGAUUGUCAGAUUGUGAGAAAGUUCUAGAAUGGGUGCAAGAUCCCUUGCCUCCCGAUGUUCGAGUGAUUUUAUCAGUUGACAACAAUACCUGCCCGGUCGCAUGGGCUUCCAUGACUAGUAUCAACAUCAAACCCCAAGCUGCCAUAUACACUUCCCACUUGAACGAGGCGCAGAAAAAGAAAGUAUCUGAACUGGGAAUCAAUUCGCCUUUCUUCGCGAAACUCCUGACGAAGGUGGAUUUAUCGCACAUACCUCCAAGUAUCGUCACGAAAGUUUCCAAUAGUCCGAAUUUAGGCAAAGAAGUGACAUGCAAAGCUCUGAUAUCGACUGUUGCUCACCUAGCCAAUAACAAUGUAGGCAAUGUUUAUAAGGUACUCUAUUUCAUAACACAGGCGGCACAAGGCUUGUCAUCCUAUUGUAUCAUUGAGAUGUGGCGCCAGUUUCAUCCCUCACUUACUCAACAUGACAUCAAGCUUCUGCGGUUUAUGCUAGAAAAGUUGCAUAUUUCUAAAAUUGUGUCUGUGCGUUUGGGAAAUUUGAUAAUUUCUUCGCCCUUUCUGAAGCGUUUGGUUAUUUCAAGAAUGCAGGAAAAAGAUGCAAGCUUAGUCAAAGAGUUCCCGAAUAAAUUUUUGAUUGGAUUGGAAAGCCCGUUUCAGUUGAGUGAUCAUUUACCAUUGGAAGUUAUUAUAGAAUGUCUAAUUAUUCUUACCAGUGACGAAAAAUAUCUCGAUCGGUUGAAAAGUUUUGUAUGCCGUGUAGUAGUGUUCAUGCAUCUAUUCAAGUUCGACUUAACAGCAGUGAUUAUGGAAGUGUUUGCAAAAUUAAAAAUCGGAAAAGAAUCAAUCACGGAUGAGUUUUCAAAUGAGCUGUCACAAUUGGAGCAAAAAUCUGAUCGUAAUAAUGUGGAGUAUCUUCUUGAUGCGAUAGAAUCAUUUGCUGUGUUCAAUGCAAAUUUGAGCAAUUUUUCGAAAUCAGCGUAUCUAUAUGAACGGAGUCUUGAGAUCCGAGAGUUGAAUUUAGAACCUGACCACCCAUCUUGUUCGAAAACUCUUUAUUUGAACGCGCUUUUGCACUUUAAAUGGGACAAAAUUGACGUUGCGGAAACACUUCUGAAGCAGUCAAUUGAUGUGUUGCAAUCCUCGACGCCUACGUCAAAUGAUACUCCUAACUUAAAUUACAUGCAAUUCGUUCAGAAUUGUGAGUUACUUGAGCUCAUUUACCAGAGGUUAGGAAAGGUCAAACAGUUCGAAUCGAACUUCAAGAAGCUCUCCUAUCUGAGAUCGAUGACAAUCAUACAAGAGUUUCUAGAAAACGGAUCCUCGGAACCUUUCAGUGCCUCGACUCUAGCAGAGUCAACCCCGGAUUCUGUAGCGAAGGCAAAUCACUUGAAUGAAUACGCAGUGCUUAUGUUCUAUCAAGGAAACUUCGAAGACGCAGAAACGUCUUUUAAAGCAUCAUUGGCCAUCAGAGAAAAACUCCUCGGGGAAAAACAUGCAGACUGUUCUCAAUCCUUGUUCAAUUUGGGAGGCCUCUACUUUGAACGAAAAGAUUACAACAAAAGUGUGGAUUAUUUCGAAAGAGCUGUAGCGAUCCGUAAACAGCCGAUGUUUAACAAGAAUUUGUUAAUGACUAGUUUGCAGUGGUUGGUUAUUGCAUAUAGAAAGUCAGGGAGCAGAGAAAAGGCACUUGAGUUAUUGAAGGAUCUUGUCACUUUGAAUAUUGAAACACAUGGAGGUAAUCAUCAAUUCGUGGCUACUAAUUACGCUAAUAUGGCUAGUAUUUACUGCGAAAUGAAGCAAUUCAAAGAUGCUUUGCCUCUGUUUGAAAAAGCGUUACAUGCGUUUAAAGCUGCCUUGGGACCUUAUGAUGUCAAAGUUAGCGAUACGUUGAACAAUAUGGCAUUGCUGAAGUUUGAAAUGAACGAGUUAGACGAAGCAGUUAAUCUGUACAGACAAGCUCAAGAAUGCAGGCAAAUAGGACUGGGUUUGAGGCAGACUUCGGCGUCGCAGCUACCGCUAACCCCGACACAGAGUCGCCACCGGAGGCUUGGUUCGGAUUUCCAGUCGCAGCAGUCACUAAACAGUGUGCUAGAGUAACGCUUUUCACUAGAAAUGAAAAUGAAGAAAGAACUAUCUCGAGGACAGAAUUCUUUUUUAAAAGCUACUUAAUUUUGUGCCUUAAAUGUUGAUAGAUAAGUUUUAGAAAUUGUGUAUAUUUUUUGAGAAUAGCUUUUUUCUAUUUUCUAGAUCAAAUGAAUUAUAUAAUUUUUGAAUACCUCA